UGGUUGGCUGUGCAGCUGUCAGCCCUGCAGCAUGUGUGUGCACGCGAGGCAAUCAGCUCGAGCGUUGUUGGCUUGUGGACCGGUGCGCCGGUAGCUAGAGACUAGAACCGACGGCGCAGUGCUAUGGAUCCCUUGAACAAUGCAGAGACAGGAGAGACAGAAUCUGAAACGGAGCCGUUGUACGUUCUUAUACCAAAUGACACGCGAUGCAAGAAAAAAGAGCAGGAAAAAUUAUCUGGAGUCGUGAAAAAUGUUCACAGAAAACUGCGAAGAAAAUACCGAGAAGUGGGGGAUUUUGAGAAGAUCUGGCAGGAGCACUGUAAGGACGAGCUGACCCUGACUGAGUACGCCCUGGCCAUGAAGAACCUGGCGGACAACCACUGGACCCAGAACCAGGAGGGAGAGGGUCGCAUCGAGUGGUGCCGCAGCAUCUGCCAGGAGUAUUUCCUGGAUGGUGGGAUGAAGAGAAUGUUGGAGAAGGAUGAGAAAAGUGCGAGGCUGGCCAUGGCUGUGAGUGCCCCAGCUUUGAGUGCCCAGCCAAUCACCACAGUCCCUAGUUCAAUCCCUCAGCUGGGAAAAAUGCAUCUGUUGGAUGUGGGAAGCUGUUUCAACCCAUUCUUGAAGUUUGAUGAGUUCCUCACAGUUGGUAUCGACAUAGUGCCUGCGGUGGAGAGUGUAUACAAGUGUGACUUCCUCAACCUCCAGCUCCAGCAGCCUCUGCAGCUGGCGGGCGACGCGGUGGAGGCCUUCCUGCGGCAGCUGCGCAGCCCCAUCGACGCCCUCCCCUCCCAGCUGUUCCACGUGGUGGUCUUCUCCCUGCUCCUCUCCUACUUCCCCUCGCCCUACCAGCGCUGGAUCUGCUGCAAGAAGGCCCACGAGCUGCUCCAGCUGCACGGCCUCCUGCUCAUCAUCACGCCCGACUCCUCCCACCAGAACCGCCACGCCCUCAUGAUGCGGAGCUGGCGCGUGGCGGUGGAGUCGCUCGGCUUCAAGCGGUACAAAUACGUCAAGUUCUCCCACAUGCACCUCCUCGCCUUCCGGAAGGUGUCCCUGACCACCAGCAGCGACCUGGUCAGCCGUAACUACCCGGAGAUGCUGUUCAUCCCCCAGGACUUCCACUCCAACGAGGACGACGACUACGCGGACGUGCCCGUCCAGGCGCGCUCCGACUUUGAAGACGACCAGCUGGCGUGGGGCUUCACGGAGCUGCCUGACACGCCGUACGACUCGGACUCUGGGGAGAGCCAGAGCAGCUCGGGGCUGUUCCACGAGCUGGAGGACCCCAUCCUGCUGCACAGCUGAACGCUGGCUGGGACACUUACAUCCUGGCUCUCUCUUUCUUUCUUUCUUUCUCUCUCUCUCUCUCUCUCUCUCUCUCUCUCUCUCUCUCUCUCUCUCUCUCUCUCUCUCUCUCUCUCUGCCUCUCUCUCUCUCUGCCUCUCUCUCUCUCUGCCUCUCUCUCUGCCUCUCUCUCUGCCUCUCUCUCUGCCUCUCUCUCUGCCUCUCUCUCUGCCUCUCCCCAUCUCACUCUGUUCCCCUCUCUCUCAACUGCUGAGCUGCCAAAUUAAUGUGCUGCAUUUCCUCUUAAACCCAAACAAAAUGAUGCAGUUUGCACAGAGUGGAAGAAAGACGUUUACAGAAGUGAGUUUGUUUCUUUUUUUUUUUUUUAUGUGACAUGAUUACAUUCUUAACACAAAUGCACACACAGUUACAUAAUACUUUCUUGUGAUAAACAAAUGUAGGGUUAUUUGAAUAGACUUGUAAGCUGAAUGCCCUGGAGAUAUCUAGCCAGCUCCAUGAUUUCCAUACCGUUUAUCAGUAGGUCAUGCUUAUGACAACAGUAGAAAACUGGUUUAUACUCUGUAUGUUUCAGUAGAUUUGAAGUCUUCAAGUAGUAUACGCUUCCGUAUUAGGCCAACAGGCUACUUAGUUUAGAUAAUAACUCAAGUUUGUUCUUGUUCUGUGAAAACAUUGAGAUGGAAUUAGGUUUGCUGGCUUGUCAGUUUAACUCAAUUUUAUCAAAUUAUUGGUGUGCAUUUAGUUACAAAAAAAAGUUGCAAAAUGUAAAACAAAAAUUUAAAAAAAAAAGAGAAAGUUGAACACAGUCGACAAUGCCAUUUUAACUUGGCAUCUGUGGCUCACUUGUCUUUUAGAAUAAAUAUAUAUUUGUAGCAUUUUUAGCAUUUAAAAACCAUACUAAGGUAGGCAUUCACAUUAGGUUUACUGAAAUGGCCCUGUGACAGUGGACCUGUGACAGUGGACCUGUGACAGUGUUUGUGUGACGAGGCAGGAGGGUCGCUCAGUAGUCAUUGUUCUGUGUUGAGACAUUUUCAGACUGUCACACCAGAGGUGAUUUAUCAAUACGUCCUCCGCUUGUUUGCUGUUCUUCAUAUAUCUUGCUGCUUUGGCCUUACAUGGAAAUUUACCGUCGAGGAAUUGAGUGCAACAUUGUUGAUCUUAAAUCAAAUAUUGGGCUUGUUCUGUUUUCAUUAUAUCUUGCGUUUGACCGUGUUUUUCAUACAACUGAAGUACGAGUACGUCUUUUAUCAUAAAAAAAUCCCUUCAGUAUUUCAGUCCUCUACAUGCAUGAAGUUAACAGCCAUAUACCUGAUUUGAUAGUCCAAAUUCGAUUUCCCAAAUGAUCUUGUCACAUGUAUUCAUCAGAUUUACCUCAGUGAGGUUUUGCACUAUUAUCCUGUAUUUCUAUCGUCACAUUUUCUCGGAUCCAAGUGCAUUUUAGCAGUAGGGAGGUGUCAUCUGAAAGUACUGUACCUUUUUGGGGUGUGGGGGGGGGGGGGGGGGGCAGGGGACAGAGCCCAGUAAAUGACACUAGCAUCUGUGUGUGGGUGUGUAUGUGAGGGUGUGUAUGUGAGAAUGUGUUGUAAUGUAUUUGUCUACGGCACUUUAUUUGAUCAAUAACAAUCCAUUAGGGUGCCACAAGUCAAAUGUAAGUCCUGUUUUAGGAACAUAGUCUUGUUAAUAUGACCAAUAUUAUGGUUCCUUAAAGUUCUUUCAUCAGGAUACCUGGAGCCCAAAAGGUGCCUUCUUUCCCAGCAAUGUCGCAACCAUAUUUUCUUGCACAUAGUCCAUGUUGGAUUCCCUUUUCACCUGGCUUCAUACUACAGGCUUCCUUUGCCAAAGUGUCUGUCAUGUUCAAGUGUCCAUCACCAAUUUAAAACAAUUGGCAGUUGCUGUAUACAUUUGCAGUUUCAGUCCCAAAAAAAUGCCAUUGCUGCCUGUUAUUUUACUAAAUAUAACACAAAAGGCAACUACAUAACAUUUGUUAGACUUAGUUUACUUUAAGCUGUUUGUAACAGGAAGAAAAAAAUGUUUUUUUAAUAUUGUCUCAUCUUGGAGGUUGUCCAAUCUACCCAAAAGCAUUUUGUGAUACUGUUUCUUUAACUGUUUGUCUUCCAUGGUUUUCUUUUUAUUCCAUCCUUCAUUUGCAACAUUAGAAUCAUUUCAGUAUUACAUCAUUGGACAAACAGGACAAUGUGUGAUUAAAGAAUGGUUGUAUUUUUCUCUUUUAUAAAUGAAUAUAAAUGCA